AUGAUCCAGGCGAGCAACAAGAAGGCCCUGGAGCUCUGCCACUUCGACCAGUCCAAGCACGUCUUCCUCGAGGGCUCGGAGGCCGGCCUCUCGUUUGGCGAGUCUGCAGCCUUUGCCGCAGAGAUCCACUUCUACUGCGAGCCAAACUCGGAGCCAAUCGAGCCGCCGGGCCACCAGCAGGGGCCUGCGCAGUGGCACGGCCACCAGGUGCUCCUCUCCAAGUUCAACGGCUGCGUGAGCGGAGAGUACCGGAUAGGGCUCGACGCGCAGCGGCACGUCAUCUUUCAGCGCGAGGUGGCGCCGUGGAUCGUCACGACGACGGACGUGAUCCCGCUGCGCGAGUGGCACUCGAUCGAGCAGUUCCACGGGCAGUACCUGGUCGAGGGGGCGCCGCUGCUGGACCGGUGGCGCAGCUGGCUUGCCGCCGGGGGCGAGGCGCUCCCUCCGAUCCAGCCGCCUCUGGCGGACCCGGCGGAGAUGUGCGCAGUCAGCGGCGCGGGGCCGCCCUUCUCGCCAGAGGCGGGGCUGCACACCUUCAUCUGCGGGUCGGCGUCGGUGCUCUCGUUUGGCAACUGCGCGCCCUUCACGCUCGCUGUCCUCUGCCGCCCCAGCGCGCAGCAAGGCAUCUCCGCCGAGGCUGGCGGCGCCGGUGCCAACGGCGGCGAGUGCGGGUGCGGCAUCGUGCUGAGCAAGUUUCACUACGGGCUGCGGGGCGAGUACCGGCUGGGCUUCGACGCGCGGCGGCGUCCGUUCUUCCACCGCGAGAUCGAGCCGUGGGACAUGGUCUCGACGAGCGCCGUCACCGCCGACGAGUGGCAUGAGCUCUGCGCGACGUACGACGGGGCAGUGAUGCGGCUGUACGUGGACCGGCGGCUAGUGGCGCAGGCGCGGUCGGGCGCGCAGUUCACGGACCAGGUGACGCCCGUGCUGAUUGGAGCCGAGUACGGGAAGAAUUGCGUGCAGAACCACUUCCGCGGCUACAUCGGCGAGGUGCGCGUGCUCGACCGCGCCCUCUCCUCCGACGAGUUGCCGAGCCUCUUUGCGCCGCCCUCAAAGUCGGCCGGCUUGCAGCGCGGCUUGCUUGGGCGGUGGAGGCCGAUGGAGGCGAAGCUUGACGACGCGGACGGACGGUCGAUCACCCUGCGGGCGGGCGUGCGCGCGCUGCUCGUCGAGCUCGGCACAGUCACGCCGCACACGGUCCAGUGGCGGCGGGCGGUCGACAUGGUCAAUGAGUCGGGGGGGUACAAGCACUACUGCUACCUGGGCACCUCCGUCGCGCUCCAAAAGUCGCUGCUGCAGGCGCGCACGAGCCAGCCGCCUCCCCCGCGAGCGCUCGACCUGCACGCGCACGAGCUCGUCGUCAAGGGCUGCGCGCGGGCGCUGCGCAAGCUUCACGAGGAGAUCGCGCAGAAGCGGCGCGACGUGCGGGGGCGCGGGUCGGAGCUAUUCCGCGAGUGGUUCUUCCACAACCCGAUCUCUUUCUUGCGAGAGUGCGACGGCGACCGAUGCGAGUUUUGGCGCUUCCGAUACCCGGGCCGGCGCGCGAUGAACGUGCUGGUGGAGCAGGCGCGGACGCGUUUCCCGCCCUCCAAGGAGUCGCCGCUCAUCAUUUCGUCGUUCGGGUCCGGGCUGCUAUACCAAGAGUUUUGCCACCUCUGCAAGCUCGUGCAGGUGGGGUACACCCACUUCCGGCUGCUGCUCGUCGACACGGCCUACGCGCCGUGGAAGCAAAAGUACCUCGCCCGCGACGGCUGCUGCCGCAUCUACUGCCAGCCCGCCUCGGGGUUCAGCACACACCUGGACGUCGAGAUCCAGACCCUGCUCUAUGACUCGGUGGACGCGUACAUCGCCGACUGCGCGCUGUCGCCGAAGGAGGUGAUGGCGCACAUCUGCUCCGCCAUCGACUACAAGGACAACGACAAGCUCCUCGAGGAGCACGUCAACCACAUGGCGGCCAACACGCUGCGCGACGACGGCGUCUGUGUCAAGCUGGUGACCCGCACUGGAGAGUCGUCUCCCGGUGUGUAUGUGGAGGACCGCGGCCGGCGACUCCUGCACACGGUCCUGCUCGGCGCCGAGCACGAGUCUCACUUUGAACAGCGUUGCCACGAGUGCGAGGUGUGAGGCGGGAAGCCUCUGCCACGUAUCAGGACAGUGUGAGCGCGCCAGGGGCGUGUGAGCUGCGUGGGGGCGCGCCGGCGGCCCACGCUCGACCGUACUUCGAGAUACCGCCAGACGCGCGCGCACGAGAUUAUAGCAUCUAGGAGCAGAUUGUGUCGU